AUGGAGGUGGAGCCAUGGGUACCACCAGGGUUUAGGUUCCAUCCAACGGAGGAGGAGCUCGUGGGCUACUACCUCACGAGGAAAGUGGCCUCUGAGAAGAUCGAUCUAGAGGUUAUCGCAGACGUCGACCUAUAUAGAAUAGAACCCUGGGAUCUCCAAGGUAGAGAAAGACGAAGAAGAAAGGAGAAGUCACCGUUCAUGCGGAUUUUCUGAUUGUUAUCUUCUGCGAUUCCUGUAGAUAGAUGCAAGCUAGGCCAUGAAGAUCAGAACGAGUGGUACUUCUUCAGCCACAAGGACAAGAAGUACCCGACUGGGACUCGCACCAACAGGGCCACCGCCGCCGGGUUCUGGAAGGCGACGGGCCGGGACAAAGCGGUGCUCUCCAAGAACAAGAUCAUCGGGAUGAGGAAGACCCUGGUCUUCUACCAGGGAAGGGCUCCCAACGGGAGGAAGACCGACUGGAUCAUGCACGAAUACCGCCUUCAGACCAGCGAGCACGCGCCUACUCAGGUCAGUUCAAGAUCCAGGGAGAUUAUGAUCCGUCGUCUCCAAUCAUAUGUCAACUCUGUGAUUGAAUCUAUUGACGUUCUUGUGGUCUUCAGGAAGAAGGCUGGGUGGUGUGCCGGGCAUUCAGGAAACAGAAUACUCCGACCCAGAGGCAAAGCUUCGGUGGUUGGAACCACGGCGGGAUUAGGCUUCUAGCCACGGCGGAGAUUACUCGUCACGGCCAUCUUCUCCACCCCUUCGGCGGCGGCGGCGGCGGUGGCGGGGAUCUCCAUGACCAAGAGGAUCUCGAGCUCAAGCUUCCCUAUCUCGGGAACCUCCUGGAGAGCCCUCCUCCGUCUGCAAGCUUAGCGGAGCAGUUCCUACACCCUGAGAUCGCCCCCGGGGAAGACGCCCUCGUCGACUGGAAGGUCCUCGAUAAGUUGCUCGCUUCUCAGAUCACCCAGCCCUCCUUCUCGAGCGACAGCUUCUCCUCGAUCCCCUUCAGUUUCGACGAAGAUGAAGAGACCCAUCAGGACUUGUAG